AGUGACAGCUCUACCUAACAAGCCAUGGAGGCUGCAGACGCAAGCCACGCACCCACCACUUCUUCCUCCUCCGUCUCAUCUUCGACACUCUCCUCAUCGGCGUCCUUCUCCUCCCUCGCCAGCAGCGUGCAAGAGCUUCCCAAGAACUCAUCAAAGCCCAACAAGCAAGCGAAGAAGCGAAAGAGAGCCGCUUCGCCGCCGGACCAGGAACCGGCGGCCAGCAAUGGCGCCCAGCUAGGAGAGGAGAGCAGCUGCUGCACCACCGAGGACGACCACGACGCCCCGGGCGGCAAGGCGGCGCCCGUGUCUCGGAGCGGGUUCAAGCACCCGUCGUACCGCGGCGUGCGGCGCCGGAGCUGGGGCAAGUGGGUGUCCGAGAUCCGCGAGCCGCGCAAGAAGUCUCGCAUCUGGCUGGGCACCUUCCCCACGGCCGAGAUGGCGGCGCGCGCGCACGACGCGGCCGCGCUCGCCAUCAAGGGCCGCAACGCGCACCUCAACUUCCCCGACAGCGCACACGAGCUGCCCCGCCCGGACUCCACGUCGCCCGCCGACAUCCAGGCCGCCGCCGCCAAGGCCGCGCUCACCGCCUCCGUGCAGUGUGACCAGGCCGAGACGCCUCCGUGCUCCCCGGUCGCCGCGGAGUCGCUGCCGUCCGAAUCGGAAGCCGCGGCAUGCCCUGCGGACGCGGCGCCCGCGCAGAGCGGCAGCGGCGAUGACAAUGCGCUGUUCGACCUUCCCGACCUCCUCCUGGACCUCAGGGACGGGCUGCUGUGGUCGCCGGUGUGGCCGCUGGCGCUGGCGGCGGAGGAGUACGACGGCGGGUGCUGCGUCGGGCUCAGCGAGCCGCUCCUGUGGUCCGAGUAG